AUGAUACAAUCAUUAAUUCAGUCAACUGUCAGUGAAAACAAAUCCAUCCUAGAUUCCAGUGAGUCUUCCAAACUAAUUCAUUAUACUUCAAGAAAUGAAGAUUUUAGAUACGUCCCCUCCAGUUUUGAACUAACAGUACCACAACUAAAUCCCAUGGAUUUUACAGAAGAAGAACUAUGUCUUAUGAUCGGCGUCAUUCCAAAUACAAUUAAAUCAAACAUUCCAGCAAGUGUUACUCUACCCAUUCAAAGUUCUAUUGAACCCUACAAACAAUUUAUUGACAAACCUAUAGUGAUGGAAUCUGUAGAAACUGGUUAUGGGAAAAUUAAUGGAAUAAACUGCAUUCCAUACACAGAUGAAUUUUAUGUCAGUGGUAACAGUGAAAUCAUCCUACGAAUGAACACAGGGGGAGAAAUAUUAGAUGAGAUUAUCACAACGUCAAGAGGAAUGCCAUAUGAUACUGGAGUCACCCCAGAGGGUUGUUUGGUUUACACUGAGAGUCUGUCAAAUCUACACUUAUAA